UUACAAUAAUCGUGUUUUGUUAAAAAAAGUGACAAAAAUCAAAAUUUUAUAAAAAAGUAAAAAUAAGAAGUUGAUUAAUUUUUAUCAAUUUUUUGCUUCAGUUAAAAUUAACUAAUUAAUUAGUUAUCUAAUUAACAAGUACGCGGAAAUUAAAAUUGUAAAUUAAUUAAUUAAUUGAUUAACAGAUCGAUUAAUUAAUUGGGAGGAGUUGAAUACGAAUAAAUAUAUAAAAAUUAUAAAUAUUAUAAUAACAUAAAUCUAUGAACGGAAAAGCUACGGAAGACCCUGGAGAAGAUUUGACUUCCAGGGUAGGAGCUGAAAGUCCUUGUAGUGACAUGAAGCGUGCGGCAGCUAAAAAAUUAAUAGAACGUUAUUUUUAUCAAUUGACUGAUGGCUGUGGUAAUUUACAAUGCGACAAUCUUUAUUGUGCCUCCAGUGGCAAGGUGACAAAUUUGACGCCAAAUCAAGCGGCAGCACAAGCAAUACAAUUAUUUUCACAAGAAGCUCGUCUAUGCGACGGUACACAGCCAAAUAAAAUACCUCGUACUGCAUCAACUAUUAACAAUAAUAAUAACAAUAAUAAUAGUAAUCACAAUAGUAAUAGUAACUGUAAUAGUAAGAGCAAUAGUAAGAGUAAUUCGACCACAACAGCAACAAUAGCAACAGGAACGGGAACGUCAUUAAGUGGAUCUGGACCGGCAUCUUUGGCUAAAAGUUUGCCCAAUAAAAUAAUGAAUCCGUCGUCGUCUGUCGAAGGAAAACAGAUACCAUAUUUAACAGAAACAAAAUUAUUGGAUAUAAUCGAACGGUGUAAAUCAGAGGGAUCGUAUUCACUGUUGAUAAGAACGCUGGGUGAAGUAUUUUCGUCGACAGAAGCCCUGAGUCGAAGUUUUCAAAAAAUUGAAAAAAAUGAUUCGCCGUUGGCUGCACUAUUAGAUCGUGCACCGGAGUCACUGUUGCGGCAGCCUGGUGAUUUAAGUAAGGAAGCGGUCAGAUCAUUGCAGGGUGAAGAUAAAGAUAUCGAUAGUAGUGAUCCAUCACCAACAUUACCGAGUAUCGAUGAUACAACUGUCGAUUUAGAUGCAGUAAGACGUUCAUUUGCUGCUUUAUGGACAUUACCUGGUGAAGAAUUUGAAUCAGCUCUAGUCAACGCAUUAGUAACACUAGCAGACAAAAUCGAAAUCGAUUUACGCGUACUGAGAAUAAUGCCCGCCGAUUCAACAGACACUCUUCUCAACGUCUUUCUAAUCGUCUUCGAGAUUCCAGUCCUCGGUUCCUCCGAGUACCUCGAGUACGCUUUCCACAUGCUGUGCAAGGCCGUCAGCUGUCUCCCCGUCGCAGCCCAAGCGAAACUCGCCCGUGUGUGGGCGCGCCACUGCAAGACGCGUCUGAUGAACCUUCUCCAAGCGCUGCAGCAGCUGAUAACCGUCAAAGUAAUCGGGGGCACCUUCACACGCGACUACUUCAUCCAAAACGCCGACUCGAUAACAGCGCCGACUAAGGUCAUGAAAAUAGUCUACUACGCCAGCAUGUUGGCCGGGGAACUCGAUCCCCCCAGUUCCCUCGACGACGAUUAUUCGAGUUCAUCAACGAACCCCACAACCGAUAACGACAAACCCUUCGCGAGCUCGCGAAUCGUCUCGCUCUCUGGUUUGUCCGCCGGUUCUUCGACCACCAACACCAGUCCUGUGGAAAAAGAUCCACUGGCAGUCGAAUUGGGAAUCUCAGUACUGGACGCACGCACGCCCUUUAUAAACUUCACUGAUUUUUAUAACGAACUGCUGAGCGAUACCGUCGAGAUGGACAAAGACUUCGCGUUCUACAAAAGCGAUCCACCAAAACAAUUUAGCUUUAUGAAUUAUGCUUUUAUUCUCACGCCGGCGACGAAAACACUCGGCCUGUAUUACGACAAUAGGAUAAGAAUGUACAGUGAGAGAAGGCUGAGCUUCUUUCAAAAUUUUGUUGGACAGCCUACGAAUCCAUACUUGAGACUUAAGGUCCGACGUGAUUACAUAAUUGAUGACGCACUAGUCGAAUUAGAAAUGAUAGCAACUGAUAACCCGACGGACCUAAAGAAGCAACUGGUCGUGGAGUUCGAGGGCGAGCAGGGUGUCGACGAGGGCGGGGUCUCAAAAGAAUUUUUCCAGCUGGUGGUCGAGGAGAUCUUCAACCCGGACUACGGAAUGUUCACUACUCAAGAAGAGACUCAGACCACGUGGUUCAACCCCACCUCCUUCGAGAGCGACGCCCAGUUCACGCUAAUCGGAGUCGUUCUUGGGCUGGCGAUCUACAAUAACGUGAUCCUCGACGUACGCUUCCCUAUGAUCGUGUACCGGAAGCUUUUGGGACGCAGAGGCUGCUUCGCUGACCUCAAGGACUGGAGUCCGACUCUCUAUCGCACUCUCACUGAGAUGCUAGAGUAUACUGGUGACGACAUGCCCGACACAUUCAUGCAAACAUUCAGAGUUGGUUACAAGGACGUCUUUGGAUCAGUUCUGUACCACGAAUUGUGUGAAAACGGCGACGAAAUUUACGUCAAUCAAGACAACAAGCGCGAGUUUGUUGACUUGUACGCAGACUUUCUGCUGAACCGCUCAGUGGCGCGACAAUUCAAAGCAUUUCGUCACGGAUUUCAAAUGGUAACCGAUGAGAGUCCUCUGGGACUUCUAUUCCGGCCGGAGGAGAUCGAACAGCUGGUGUGCGGAUCAAAAGUUUUUGAUUUCGCGGAACUCGAGGCCUCGACGGAGUACGACGGCUACACGGUAGACAGCGAGGCGAUUAAGAAUUUCUGGAGGGUCGCCCACUCUCUGCCGCUAGAGAGUCAGAGGAGGUUGUUACAGUUCACCACCGGAAGCGAUCGAGUCCCUGUCGGAGGACUCUCGAGGUUAAAAAUGGUCAUCUCGCGCCAUGGACCUGAUUCUGAUAGAUUACCGAUUGCACACACUUGCUUCAAUACCCUGUUAUUACCGGACUACUCGACGAUGGAAAAACUGCAAGAUCGAUUGUUGAAGGCGAUAAAUUACUCAAAAGGAUUUGGAAUGUUAUGAAAAUAUUAUUAUUUCUUUAUUAAUUAUAAAAUUAAGUUUUAUCUGAAUUUUAAUUUUCUUUUUUCGAUCACACGAAUAAUUAAUUAGUUUAUUUCAUUAUUGAAUAUUUUUUUCAAUGCCAUUGUUUAAAAAUAAAUAAAAAAAUUUAAUUAAAAAAA